CUCUCUAGUGCAACCUGAACUAGUGACACACCACUGAAGUCUUGCUUUUAAAGACAGAUUAGUUUAUCCUGCUUAUAAGUAUUAAAUAUUUAUGUCUUUAAGUAUACUAUUUUUGACAGUGGCUUAAAGAGAGAGAAAAACAUUAUUUUUGUGUAUUGUCGUGUAUCGGUGGUCGAAUGGCGCUCAGCGUUGUGGAUGUAUUGUCCUGGCCUUGGGCUAAAGCGUACACAGCAUUCAGUGUAUGUUUACUGACGAGAUGCAUCUACAACCUGUAUGAAGAGGCGAAAGAUCCACUCAUUCAGUCCGCUCUAGUAAACAAACUCUCUCAGAACUCACCCGAUGGCAGGACAGGCGAUGACAAUGUCAAUAAUGAAGAAUUACAUUCAACUGUUUUGUGGUAUCAGGCCACGGAUAGCUUCUGUAUAUGGGUCCUUGUGAACACACUGUGCUGUUUUCUCCUGCUGAUGGCAAAAUGUAUCCAGUUUAUUGUGUUCAGUGAUCUCAGAACGAAUGAAAAACAGAACCUCAAGGGCAAAAUCCGGAACUUUCUAUUCUACAAGUUCAUCUUUCUCUUUGGUGUGCUGAAUGUGCAGACAGAGAGGGAGCUGGCCAUGUGGUGUCUUUGGUGCUCUGCGCUUCUCUUUCUCCAGCUCUUGACCCAGCUCUGCAAAGAUCGUUUUGAGUAUCUCUCGUCAUCCUCCACCACGACUCUGGGCAGCCAUAUGCGCGUGUUGUCGGUGUUGAUGUGUUUGUUUGUAUCCUCUGGGGGGCUCACUGUCAUAUGUGGCCUGUUGGGGCUUUCCCAUGAUAUGCACACUUUCUCCUUUAUGACAGUUGAAUGCCUUAUGGUAACUAUAUAUAUGAGCCAUGCAAUUCUACGGUACACAAUUCACCUGUAUGACCUGAUCUGUGAAGAUUCUUGGGAAGAUAAAGAGGUCUGUAUUUAUUACACAGACUUUGUCAUGGAGAUGGGUCUUCUUUUCCUAGACAUGAUGCAUCAUAUCCACAUGCUGCUCUAUGGGAAUAUUUGGUUCUCUGUGGCUGAUUUGAUUAUAUUGACACAUUUACGGUUCUUGUCUCAGGAAAUGCAACACAGGUUACUUCAACACAAAAAUUACCUGCAUAUUUAUGAUGUUAUGGACAUGAGGUUUUCUAUGGCUACAAUGGAAGAGCUGGCAUCUCAUGAUGACAGAUGUGCUAUUUGCUGGGAAAAGAUGUACACAGCAUACAAAAUGCCCUGCGGGCACCUUUUCCACAAGUCGUGCUUGCGUUCCUGGCUAGAACAGGAUAUGUCAUGUCCCACAUGUAGGAUGUCUGUAAUUAUGAGUGGCAGUCAAACCAGAAAUGAGCAGGAGGGGGCAUCAUUGUCAGUCAGUUUGGGCCCAGCUGCUGUGGGAAACCCAAACAGAGCUCCAAUCAGUUACCAAAGUCACCUCUUCCAUUUUGAUGGUUCCCAAAUUGCUAACUGGCUGCCUGGCCUUUCAGUUGAAUUUGUGCACUCGCCUAAUAUGAUUAUUCUAUUGCAGGCAGAUGGCUCACAGGUUCACCAUGAGGAAUAAAUGUUUCUUUAGGUAUAGACCUACCUGAGUGAUCAUUGAAACCAACAAAUUCAGAAGAAUGUGCCACUGACUGCAUUUCUUGGCGCUUACUCUCUUGACAGAUGUAAAAAGAAUUAAACAUUCAGUUAGAGUUGGUUGAUGACACCUAUAUUAGGCAAGGGAAGUUUAUUUGUAUACCUUUUGCACAUUUCAUACACAAUGGGAAUUCAUUGUGCUUUACAUAAAAGUGAUUUUAAAAAGAAUCAUAAUCACAACAAAUGCAUAAGAAACAAAACUAACAGUAAAAGCAAAGAAUAAAAAAUGGUGUUCUAUUAGAAGGAAGACAGUGAAAGUACAGGGCAACUUUGGAAAUGUGCAAUAGACAUUAAGUGUGUUUGUGUAUAUAUGUGUAUGUGUAUAUAUAGACUUUUUUUCUGAUUAUUGUGGCCUAAAAUGACUGAAUUUGUGGCAAUAUUUACAGCAUUUCUUGUUUUGCAGUGAAAAUAUACCACAGACAACAUUCUUUUAA